AUGAUUCUAUGCUCUCUCCUACCUUUGUCCCUGGCGUCCCUCACCAGCGCGGCCCUGACCUACCGAGGUGCCGACAUCUCUUCGCUCCUAGUUGAAGAAAACUCCGGCGUCGCAUACAAGAACCUCAACGGCGAAACCCAAGCCUUCGAGUCCAUACUAGCCGAUAACGGAGUGAACUCGAUUAGACAGCGAGUAUGGGUGAGUCCAAGUGAUGGGGCGUCAUAUACCCUGGACUACAACUUGGAGCUUGCGAAGAGGGUACAAGAUGCCGGGAUGAGCGUUUACCUGGACCUGCAUUUGAGUGAUACCUGGGCAGACCCUGGUGAUCAGACAACCCCCACGGCCUGGUCAACAACCGACAUCGACACCCUAGCCUGGCAGGUCUACAACUACACGCUCGAGGUCUGCAACACCUUCGCUGAGAACAACCUAGCCGUCGAGAUCGUGUCCAUCGGAAAUGAGAUCCGCAACGGCCUCCUCCACCCCCUCGGCAGCACAGAUAGCUACGACAACAUCGCGCGCCUCCUACACUCGGGCGCCUGGGGCGUUAAGGACUCCUCCCUCUCCACAACACCCAAGAUUCUCCUGCAUCUCGACAACGGCUGGGACUGGGACGCGCAGAAGUACUUCUACGACACCGUGCUGGCCACCCGCACGCUUGAGUCCUCGGACUUCGACCUCAUCGGCGUAUCGUACUACCCGUUCUACAACCCCGAUGCGACGCUCUCCUCGCUCAAGACCAGCCUGACGAACCUGAAGUCGAGCUACGGGAAGGAGGUGCUAGUCGUGGAGACGGACUGGCCGGUGCAGUGUAGCUCGCCUGAGUAUGCGUUUCCGUCGGAUUUGAGCUCGAUUGCGUUUAGUGUUGAUGGGCAGAAGACCUUUUGGGGGCAGUUGGCGGAUGUGCUGGGGGAGGCUGGUGCUGUGGGCAUUUAUUAUUGGGAGCCUGGAUGGGUGGAUAAUGCGGGAUUGGGAUCGAGCUGUGAGGAUGUUGUUAUGGUUGAUUGGCAGACUCAGACCGUGAGGGGGAGUGUGAGUGUUUUUGGGGAUCUGUAA